CGCUGCUCAAAACUCAUCAUUUUUGCUCCCGAUGAGUGACUGGGGCAGCUAUGGCCCGCAGGUAGUGUGCCCCAGUCAACGCUUUGCCUCUCUCACUCUUGUGUGGCAGUCUUCUGUUCAGGAAGAUGGGAUGAACGCCCUGCCAUUCGCCGAGGAGCAUUAUCGUACUAGCCAAGUACAUAGAGCACCUGCAUGGGUGGCUCGGUACGGAGAACAGGGGGCAGACGCUCACGAUGAACCCCAUGAUCAGGUGCGCCGCAUACGGCAUCAUAUCUGUGGACCCGCUGUGUGUGUCUGUGCCUUUGUGUGUCUGUGCCUGUGAUGGGCGAUCGGUGAUGGACUGCAGACAUGCGCUGAUGCCAGUAAGCGGCAAGCUGCAGUGACCACAAAGCCGUGCAGGCAAACACCAAUUGUCGAUCAUGUGGCGGUGUCCUUGUCAGCAGGCCCACUCGACGGUCCACCGGCUACAUCCGGCCAGCAUCCCAGCCCCCACAUGUCAGGCCCCUUCAUGCCGCCGUUUCUGGCUGUCGACCAGGAAUACACAGCUCAAGUGAGAUAAUGAAUCCAGUGUUCGUUUGUCUUCCGUAUCAUUUCUUUAUCCUCAGCUUUACUAUGGCGUCGAAUCAUCAGCACGGCAACACGGGGCGUCCCCCCCGGCAUCUGUGCCCUUAACAAGACAAGCGACAACCCAAGCCUCACACCAGGUGACAUGCACCCUCCCAAUGCGCACUGCACCGAUGUGGCCUUGUGUAUUUCAGAUGUCCAACAAGAGAGCGAACGAGGUGUCGCUUGGCGAGCGGCUGCAGCUGGAUGAUGAAUUCAAGAGGCGAAAGUCAGCCGGUGAGACCAUCAGCAUGGCCAAGUUCGAGAAGGAGAAGGGCUUGCUGCCCGGCCGCUACAAGCAGUGGCACGCCCAGCUCGAGAAGCAGAGGAAGACCGGCGUACCAUUGACUGACUCGACCAAGAAGCGCAUCAGACCGCCCAAGUACCCGCAGAUUGAGGACGACAUGCGUCAGUGGUUGGGUGGUCAUGACCCCACGAAUGUUCGUACCAAGGACAUCAGGGAGCAGGCGAUGAAGAUCGCCACUCAGCUGGGCGUCGAAGACUUCUCCGCGAGCGACAGGUGGAUCGCGGCAUUCAGGAAAAGAUGGCAGGUAGGGAGAGGACACUCAGACAAGGCGAAAAAUUGCUCAUUGUCUCUUUGUCAGCCCCCUGUGCCACCUUCCGAGUCAUCUGCUGCCACCGCUGCUGCUGCUGCUGCUUCAGGCACUGACAGCAUCGAUGCACUGACGGUGAGGGAAUGAUAUGUGCCAUCCAGAAUCUCAUGUGCCUUACUGCAGGGUCAGGAGGUUGACGAGUCAGCUGCAGCCCUUGAGGCAGAUAGAUUCAUCGGACCGAUUAUCGACUCCAACCGACAGGUAGACGGCCUGAACGAGCUGACAACACGCCAUGUAUAUAUAUGUAUUCUGUUGGUUGCAGAACACCACCUGCUCACCAGACGACGGAGCAGACCAGCUGUCACAGACAUCAGAGCAAAAUACUAUGAGCGUACGCUAAGAGGGCCCAUCCCUCUGGUGGCGAACGAGCCGUAAAUGACCUGUCCCGUUCUCCUUCAGGAACCCACAUCUGAGAGCCAACUGACUUACGAGAGGCCGCCGGCUGAGAUUCACAAUGAGGAAUGCAAUCACCGGGAAGGACCGCCGUCUGAGGUGAGUGGACUGCAAUGAAGAGAAAAAUCACAAGCGGCUAGGUAUUGUGAUGCAAUGUGUGCAGUUACUGUCUGUUUCGUCGGCCGAGUCUGUGGGCAGCACACAGGAGGUCCGAGAGAGACAGACAGGGAGUAUCAGGUCGGCUGCUGCAGCCACAUCUCGUGCCUCUUUGUUGUGCCGUAAGGAUGACGGGAUUGCGCUGCAUCGACCCGCAUCACCGCUGCGCCGUCCGUCCACGUCAAUCGCCCAGAGCCGAAGGAACAGAGCAGCGGCAGCAGCGACAGCACAGGCAAAGACAAAGAGAGUGAGUGAGCAAUACUCUGUUUUCGUCGUUCGUUCGUUCGUUCGUCACCAUCUUGUCUUGAUAAUGAUGUUUGGUUUGUGUGUGCAGAAGCGGGGCAAAUGCUGUCAUUUGGGUACACACACACUGCACACUUAUCGGCAACACGCACAAACUGCAGCUUCGCUGUGCUGUUUGACCUGACGUGUGUGUGUGUGUGUGUGUGUGCCGGCAGGAAUGUGUUGAUAACUGCUUUCUCCGUCUUUGGAAUCCUGACGUGGAGUGAGUAGAGAAUGAAUGAAUCGACCCCACUCACUAGCAAGCAUCUUCUUAACCAAACUCUCUCAAACUCUCUCUCUCUCUCUCUCUGUGUGUGUGUGUGUGUGUGUGUUCCUUUCGUCUCUGCAUUGCAGUCCGGAUACUCCUGUGUAUCUCUGCAUUACCAUCCAGAGGUACACACACUUUCGCGUCGCGCAGUGGACAGCAGUCAACACCCCUGUGUGUGUGUGUGUGUGUUGGUGCGCGUCGAACAAUCCAAUCCCCCACUCACAGGUCUUGUGGAUGGCGGUGUUGGUGGUGUGUCGUUAUAUGACUCCCUGGAUGCCGACAGGGAAGGCAUGCUGCUCUCAAACAUCGGCGCCCUGCACCAGGAAAGCUACGGACAGACAGAGAUCAGAUCCCUCAUCUAAUUUCUCUGCAUCCUUCUCUGCGUAUGUGUGUGUGUGUGUGUGUGUGCAGGAGUUGUCAUUACAGCGUCAGGCGCUGCAGGCAUCGCAGCAGUCCCUGGAGCAGGAGAGGAAAAACCUCACUGACAUUCUCGCUAGCAUAUCUGACCUUCAACAGUCUUUGAAGGUCAGAUACAGGAUCUAGGAUGAGAACAAACAUGCAUACCAGGGACCUGUUCCCCGUCCUUUUGUGUGCAGCGGCUGCGGCUCAUGUUGAUCAAGUGCAUCUCAUUGGCCAUUCAAUUAGAUGCACUUGAUCAAAUGCCCUCGUAUGCCUCUGGAAUAUAUUCGAAAUGGCCGAACAAGGGGCCGAUUUUUGUCUGAUGGAACACAGCUGGCAGCACAAGUUGGUGAUGGAUGGCAGCACCAGUCUGAUCGAUCACCUCUUGUGGGGCUCAGCUUCAGGCAUAAUAUCCGCAUGCGUGCCGGAUUUACGCACGGCGCGUGUGCCGGACGUACGCACGCAGAGUCCGUCGUUGGUAGCUGGCGUGAGUGGAUUGAGUGGAUUGAGUGGGUGGCGUGAUUGAUUGGGCGAAUGGCCCCCCUUUGUAUCUGCAAGGACAAUGGAUGGAUGGAUGGAUG